GAAUGAAUGCGGCUGUGAGAGCUAUUGUAAGAGUGUCAAUUCAAUUAGGUGUCACCGUCUAUUUCGUCAAAGAGGGAUAUCAUGGACUUAUCGAAGGUUACAUAACAAAAGCUAAUUGGUACGAUGUAUCUUUCACUCUAAAUUUGGGUGGCACUAUUAUCGGAACAAAACGGUGUAAGCCGUUUAUGACUAAAGAAGGUAGAAUGAAAGCGACCAAAAAUAUGAUAUCAUUUGGUAUUUCUAACUUGGUGGUAAUUGGCGGAGAUGGUUCCUUGACUGGUGCUAAUAUUUUUCGUGAAGAAUGGCCAUUCCAUAUUAAUGAACUUUUAAAAAACAAGGAGAUAGAUGAAGAAACGUCAAAAAAGUUUGACCAUUUGAACUUGGUUGGCAUUGUUGGGUCAAUUGACAACGAUUUUAGUGGAACUGAUAUGACCAUUGGUGCUGACACAGCACUUCACCGAAUACUUGAAGCAAUAGAUUCUAUUGUAAGCACGGCAUUUUCUCAUCAGAGAACAUUUAUAAUGGAAGUUAUGGGCCGCACUUGUGGUUAUUUAGCUGUUAAAAGUGCGUUGAUGUGUGAAGCUGAUUACUUAUUCAUUAGGGAAUGGCCACAAAAAUUGGAUUGGCCAGAUAAAUUAUGUAAAAAUGUACAGAUGGCAAGAGACCAUGGUAAAAGGCUGAACAUUAUAAUAGUCUCGGAAGGAGCAGUUGAUUUAAACGGUAAUUCAAUUACAUCAGAAAUGGUUAAAAAUGUUUUAGUGGCCAAAUUAAAUCAAGACGCUAGGAUAACCGUUCUGGGGCAUGUUCAAAGAGGCGGAAGUCCCUCAGCAUUCGAUAGAAUUUUAGCUUCACGUAUGGGCGCACACGCUGUUUUGUGUUUAUUAGAAGAUACAGCAGAAACUGAACCAAAAGUCGUAUGUCUUAAUGCUAAUACAAUUGUACAUCAAUCAUUGAUGGAUUGUGUUAAAAGAACAUUGGAAAUUGGAAAAGCCAUUGAACAGAAAGAUUUCGAUAGGGCACUGGAACUUCGAGGCCAGAGUUUUACUCAAAAUUUAGUGACAUACAAACAAAUGAUACACAAAGAAAUCACUCAUUCGGAAGGGAAAAUAACUUUAAUAUUGAAUAUUGGAGGUUCUAGUAAUGGAAUAAACGCAUUGAUGUAUUCUAUAGUUCGAGCCACACUAGCAUUAAAUAACCGAGUACUAGCUGCAAAAUUCAGUAUUGAUGGAUUAAUAAAAGGCGAAAUUAUUGAACUCCAUUGGUCUAGUGUCAUCGGUUGGCUAAAUCAAGGUGGUGUUAAGCUAGGAAUAACAAGAACAAUUCCUGAUGAGGAGAUGAUGGAAAAAGUUGCGAUGCAAAUGAAACACUUUAACAUCAGCUCGUGUGUAAUUGCUGGAGGGACAGAAGCUUUAAAGACCGGCAUAAUGAUGUACGAUUACCGGAAAAAAUACAAAGAGUUUUGCAUACCUUUAAUAGUGGUACCGGUUACUUACAGCAACAAUAUACCAGGAACCGAUUUUUCAUUGGGAACAGAUACAGCUUUAAACCAAAUUGUUAAGUUGUGUGACAUUAUUAGACAGUCGGCUGAAGGUCAUAAACCUCGAGUGUUUGUGGUCGAAGUAUUAGGCGGUUUAUGUGGUUAUUUAACGUCCAUGACGGCAAUGGCGUGCGGUGCAGACGCGUCGUAUAUUCCUGAGGAAAAGUUCGAUAUCACAGAUUUAAUGGAUUGUAUAUACAGAAUGGUUGAAAAAUUUGACACUAAUAUGAUUACCCGAGGACUCGUGUUAAGAUCUGAAAAGGCCAGUGAAAAUUAUACAACAAGUUUUUUAAAAAAAUUACUGACUGAAGAAGGACAAAAAUCAUUUGUCACUAGAACUUCUAUUUUAGGAAGCAUUGCCACUGGUGGUGUACCUAGUCCAUUUGAUAGAUCAUUUGCUCUAAAAGAAGGGCAACUGGUAGUUGAGUGGAUAAAUAACAUACAAAACAAAAAUCCAGAAAAUAUGACAUUGCCAAUUUCAGCUGUAUCAUUGGGUUUACAAAGGAGUGAUUUCAAAUUUACACCACUAGAUGAUCUCAGAUUUAUUAACGAUGAAAAAUAUUCUAACAAACAGCAGUGGUGGUUAAAAUUCAGACCACUAUUAAAAGUGUUGGAAGAGCCAAAUUACUGGAAACAAUGUAUGUAA